AUGAGUGAAGAAAUUAACAAUGCAGGACAAAUGAAUCAUAUGAAUGGUUCUGCUCCAAUGAUAGGAGGAAAUCAAAAUAGUGGACGUUCACGUUACAUUCCACCACACUUAAGAAAAGGUGCUGGAGAAACUAUUCCGGAAGGAGCUCCUAUGGGAGAUCAUCAAAGAGGAAAUUUUAAUAGUGGUUAUAAUAACUAUCGUAAUAAUGGUUAUAAUAAUCAAAUGGGAAGUGGAAUGAGGAAAGUACAUUCAUUUAAUGGAAUGCAACAACAACAACCACCACAACAUGAAAAUGUUUCUGGAGGAGGAUAUCAAAAUAAUCGUGGUGGUUAUAAUAACCGUGGCGGAUAUCGUUCUCAAAACAAUGGUUACGUAAAUUCUGGUGGAAGAGGAAAUUAUUCAGGAGGUAUGAGUACUGGAUACAAUAAUCAAAGAGGAGGAAAUUCAGGACAAAGUCGUCCACAAUACAAUGGAAGAUUUAGUUAUGAUCGUCGUCAAGUUCAUGAUGAAAGUCAAUGGCAACAAGGUCAAGGAAAUUCUGGAUUCCAAUCUAAUAAUCGUUGGAAUCGUGAUGAUCAAGUAAGUUGGGAUCAACAAGGACCUAUUGAUCAAAAUUUGGAAGCUGAGUUAUUUUCUGGAAUGAAUUCAGGAAUUAAUUUUAAUAAAUAUGAAGAAAUUCCUGUUGAAGCUACUGGACAAGAUAUUCCACGUGCAAUUUCUACUUUUCAGGAUUUACAACUUCAUGAAUGGAUUGAAGAGAAUAUUAAGAAAAGUGGUUAUGAUAGACCUACACCUGUUCAAAAGUAUUCUAUUCCAACAUUGAAUAGUAAAAGAGAUUUAAUGUCUUGUGCUCAAACAGGAUCUGGAAAAACUGCUGCUUUUCUAGUUCCAUUGAUUAAUCGUAUUCUUUUGGAUGGACCUGGUGAAUUAAAAAGACCUCACAUUCGUCAUGAUGGAAAAACAACUCAGUAUCCCGCUGCUUUGAUUAUUUCUCCAACAAGAGAAUUAUCUCUCCAAAUUUAUAAUGAAUCAAGGAAAUUUGCCUACAGAACACCUAUUAUUUCUGCUUUAUUGUAUGGUGGAAAAGAAAAUUAUCGUGAUCAAAUUAAUAAACUUCGCCUCGGUGUACAUAUUUUAAUUGCAACACCUGGAAGACUUAUCGAUGUUAUUCAACAAGGAUAUAUUGGUUUAGAUGCUUGCAAGUUUUUGGUUCUUGAUGAAGCUGAUAGAAUGCUUGAUAUGGGAUUUGAACCACAAAUAAGGCAAAUAGUUGAACUUAAUAAUAUGCCACCAAAAGGGCAACGUGUAACAGCUAUGUUUUCAGCUACAUUCCCUAAAGAAAUUCAAAUGUUAGCUCAAGACUUUCUUCUUCCAAAUUAUGUUUUCUUAGCUGUUGGUAGAGUUGGUUCAACAUCAGAAAAUAUUUCUCAAAAAGUUGUUUGGGUUGAGGAGAAUGACAAGAGAUCUCUUCUUAUGGAUCUUCUUGAUGGUGGUGAUUCACAAGCUUUAACUCUUGUAUUUGUUGAAACUAAAAGAGGUGCUUCGGAUCUCGCAUUUGUUCUUGGUCGUCAAGGUUAUGAUGUUGUUGCUAUUCAUGGAGAUUUGAAACAAAUUGAACGUGAACGCCACUUAGAAUCUUUUAGAUCUGGACAAACACCUAUUUUGGUUGCCACAGCUGUCGCAGCUCGUGGUUUGGAUAUUCCUAAUGUAAAACAUGUUAUUAAUUAUGAUUUACCUAAUGAUGUUGAUGAGUAUGUACAUCGUAUUGGACGUACUGGUAGAUGUGGAAAUGUUGGUUUAGCUACGUCAUUCUUUAAUGAAAAAAAUAGGAAUAUUUCAAAAGACUUGGCAGAACUGGUUAUUGAGGCUAAUCAAGAAUUACCAGAAUGGCUUCAAAAAAUGUCCGAAGAAGUUAGUAAAGGAGGCGGUAAAAACUACAAUAAGAGACUUGGAAACAAAUUUGGUGGAAAAGAUCAUCGUACUCAAUAUGGUGGUGGUGGUUUCCAAGGUGUUCAACAAAGAUCAAAUGCAGGAUUUGGUAAUUAUAAUCAACAGAACAGAACACACCAAGAUAGCUGGUGGUGA